CUAGAGGCACAAGAGCAGAGCUCCUCAGUGCGCGCGCGGCUACGCGGAGCGACAGCGCGAGAGCAAAGACCUGCACCUUAGGACGGGGUUUUAUUUUUCUCCCUUCUCUUUUAUCGGAUCAGUGUUUCCUCCUUCGGUCAGCGCAAUUACGAGUAGGACGCGAUCAGCACGGGGUUUAAAAGCGGACGAGUCUCGCAGCAUCCUCUUCUCUCUCUCUCUCUCUCUCUCUCUCUCUCUCUCUCUCUCUCUCUCUCUCUCUCUCUCUCUCUCUAUUUAUCUCUCUUGCGCGCUCUCCCUCUCUGCCCCGAUCCAGGCACGCGCGCGCGCUCCCAGACGCAGCGCUGUCCUCGCGCGCUGGACAGAUUGCACAGACUGAGCGCUGAUAAUUUAACGUUUUCAACCGGAAGCGAGAACUUCCAGGACGUUACGCUGACACGACUCAGAGCACCCGUUUGUAGGCUUACGUUUUCGACCGGAGUCCAAAACCGGGGGAUUAAUUUUGCCCUGGUGACCAGCCGUGACGCAUGGUUGGAAUUUCUGCCUCUUUUCAGUAUCGUACUGAGAAGCCCUCCACCAUGCCCGACUCGCCCGCCGAUGUGAAAGCACAGCCCAGGUUAACUCCACCUACCAUGCCACCACCACCCGGCACACAGGGAGCCCCCAGGACCAGCUCGUUUACUCCAACAACACUAACAAACGGCACCAGUCACUCUCCUACCGCACUGAAUGGUGCUCCUUCGUCCCCUAACGGCUUCAGCAACGGCCCUUCGUCCUCUUCCUCCUCUUCGCUGGCCAAUCAACAGCUCCCUCCGGCAUGUGGGGCGCGGCAGCUCAGCAAGCUGAAGCGCUUUCUAACAACUCUGCAACAGUUCGGCAACGACAUCUCACCUGAAAUCGGCGAUCGUGUCCGCACACUCGUGCUGGGGCUUGUGAACUCCACGUUAACCAUUGAAGAAUUCCACUCCAAGCUGCAAGAAGCGACCAACUUCCCCCUCCGACCUUUUGUCAUCCCAUUUUUAAAGGCCAACCUGCCAUUACUGCAGCGGGAGCUUUUGCACUGCGCACGCCUGGCCAAGCAGAACCCAGCACAGUACCUGGCCCAGCACGAGCAGCUGCUACUCGACACCAGCAUCACAUCUCCCGUCGAAUCGUCUGAGUUGCUGAUGGACGUCAAUGAGAACGGCAAGAGGAGGACCCCGGACAGAACCAAAGAGAAUGGCUUCGAGAGGGAGCCUCCACAUCCAGAGCACCCAAACAAGCGGCCAUGCACCAUUAGUCCUGGUCAGCGUUUCAGCCCCUCCAAUGGACUUUCAUACCAGCCCAAUGGCCUUCCUCACACUGCUCCACCACCCCCAGGCCACUACCGGCUUGACGAGAUGGCUAUCGGCCACCAUUACAGAGACUCGUAUCGCCACACCAACCACCGUGAGAUCCGUGAGCGCCCACGGCCCAUCGGCAUGCACGGUGGCACACGUCAGGAAGAGGUCAUCGAUCACAGACUCACAGACAGAGAAUGGGCCGAGGAGUGGAAGCACCUUGACCAUGUAAGAAAACUGCUUAACUGCAUUAUGGACAUGGUGGAGAAGACGCGGCGCUCGCUCACCGUGCUCAGGCGAUGUCAAGAGGCGGACCGCGAGGAGCUCAACUAUUGGAUCCGGCGCUACAGCGAUGCCGAGGACUUGAAGAAGACCUCCAGCAGCAGCAGCAGCACCAGCAGCAGCCAAUCGAGGCAGCAGAGCCCCGCAGGCCAGGAUAGCAACCCUGCAGAGAUCCACCGGGAAGUGCUCCACAGGCCUGUAUCUGGCUACGUUCCUGAAGAGAUCUGGAAGAAAGCAGAAGAGGCGGUGAACGAAGUGAAGAGGCAGGCGAUGUCUGAGCUGCAGAAGGCCGUGGCCGAAGCCGAGCGCAAGGCUCAUGAUAUGAUCAGCACCGAACGAGCCAAGAUGGAGCGCACCGUGGCUGAGGCCAAGAGACAAGCUGCAGAGGAUGCGCUGUCUAUUAUCAACCAGCAAGAGGACUCGAGUGAGAGCUGCUGGAACUGUGGACGCAAGGCAAGCGAGACAUGCAGCGGGUGCAACACGGCACGCUACUGUGGCUCCUUCUGCCAGCACAAGGACUGGGAGAAGCACCACCAUGUGUGCGGGCAGACGCUGCAGGCACAGCAGCAGGGCGAGACGCCUAGCACCGCCAGCUCCUCGGGCACUCCCAGUAGCAGUGCUGGCAGCCCCGCCGACACCCCCUCCGCCGCUGCCACGCCACGCUCGGACACGCCUGGCACGCCGGCAGCAUUAGAGCCUGUGCCGCGCUAGAGCCAAACCCAUCACAGCCCCACCAGAACUGUCUCACCGCACCUCGCUUACUCAAACAUGCUAAAUCUAACAUGCUAACUGAGAAAAAGAGGACUGGUUCCACAGAGCGAUCGCCCAACCGGAGGUCCAUAUCGGGUCAUAUUGACUUGUUAGGACAGAGAACACAAAGAUAUUCUUUGUUUAAAAUUCUCAUCAUCCUUUAAAGCGCCCAAUUGCUACUAUAGAUUAUUUUUUGUUUGUGUUAAAUGUUUCCUGUUAAUAAGCAGAAAAAAAAGACCUCUGGAUCAGCACAUUAAACCUCCCGUUUGAUUCGUUUGUUUGCUGUUUGUUUGUUUUGCCUGUUUUCAGCGCUUCUUCUCCUCUCCACUAGCUGGGAUAUCAAACUAGUUGACCUCAACAAAAGACACUUUACCAAACAACAAACCAAGGGAUUUACUUCAUAGCUGUUGUAAACAAAGACGCAAGAAAAUGUGAUUAUAUGGUAGACAGCAUUCCGUGAAAGGAAGACAAAAACAAAAAGAGUAAUAGGGAAAAUAAACCAUCAGGGCAGGACAUUGUGGAGCAGAAGACGAGUAGCGUUUUACUGAACUCGGCAGACCCACGGCAUCGCAUGCAGAUGCGCAGCAGAUUGUGAAGGAACGCAGAUGUUCCCUCCUCUUUUUUUCUUUACACGUCUGCAAGACAUUUGAUGGUAUCCAGGUCAGUGGUCUGAAAAAUAAGAGUCUGUUUUUCGCAGAGGAAUGUAAAGGCACGGAGGACCGAGCAGCUUGACAAGCACAGCUCCAAUGAUGAGCGCGCUUACAUCAGCUCCGAAACAGGAAGUGAAGUCAUCAGCCCACCCAAGCACGACCCUCUCUACGACAGCUGUUUGGGAUGAAGGGCUGAAAAAUGGCACGAUCCUCCACUUCUGCCCAGCUUUUAAGCCCUACCCUAAAUCCUACUUUUUGUUCUUUUUGUUGUUUCCUCUUCACUCUUGUUGUGUUGAACAUUUGUGUCCCAUACUGUCUCUGAUGCUUAUUUAUUGUACAUGUGUUGGACAAAAAUCGUGAUCAUGCAUAAUACCUAAAAAAAAAAAAUAAUAACAAAAAAAAAUAACAAAAAAAAAAAUUUAAAAAAACAUUUAGGCCCAUCCUUCUAGCUGGUGCAAAAUAACAAGCAUAUCGCGAGCUGCUUUCCUGUUUGUGGGUGUUUGUGGUAGUUCCUUAGUAGGUGUUUAAGAAGAAAAAAAAAAUCCCAUUGUCCUAAAAAAAAGGAGACAAAAGCUAUCUCUCAGAGCUGCUGCUUCAGUCUAACGCCGACCUUUUCUGAGAACUAGCAUGUUACACGGAAUGCUAACAUUAAUGUUUUGUACAUGAGACGUACAUAAUUGUAUUUGCACUGUCACAACGUUCCCUUCAGCAUGCUUCAUUUUUGCAAAGUUUCUCAGUAGAGAGCCUCACGUCACUGACUCCGCAGUGCUUCUUUUUACGUAUCUGUGACCUUUUAUUUUCUUUAAGGGGAAAAAAAAAGGGAAAAAUAGUAUCCAGUCCUGCUUUGGUUAGAAAUAUUUUCUUUGUCCUAAAAGCGAUGGCGAAAACGUCGUUCUUUUGCUUUGAAUAGUUACAGUGCAUGCACAUUUCUGAAUGUUAAAGUAUAUGUUCCUUCUUUUUCGUUUUCUUUUUAUACAAAAAGGGAGAAAAAUCGUUUAAAAAAAAGAAAAGAAAAAAAAAAAAACAUAUGCUAUGAAUCUAACUUUCCAAAUGCAGAGGUGUAAACAGACAGCUUUAACACUGCAAAGCACCAGGAUACACAGUAUUACAAAAAGAAUUAACAUGGAAGACAGCCAAAGACAUGACACGAAGGACCAAAUCCUGAUUUUAUCUUAUAUUUAAAUGUAACAAAAACAAACAAACAAACAAACAAAAAAAAAACAUUAAGCGCACCAUCGAUUCUUUUUUUUGUUUGGAGAAUUCAUCAGGGAAACCAUUUUCGGUUUCCGUUUUGAAACCUUUAACAUUUUCCUGUCAAAAGCCAAGACCAGCCCUGCUCAGCCUGAAUGGAGGAGAAAGUGAAGCCAAGUCACACAUACACGUGCUACGGAUCAGAUCAUGGAUGUGACCUAAUGAGCAAUAACAAACAGAGACUCUGACACGAAUGCGUUGUUUUGCAUAAUUCUAGCUAGUGAGGUUUUCCUUCAGCAGCCCCAUGGUUAAAAGUAUCACCCAGAAUGCACUGCGGUGUUCAGACCAAUUCAACUAAAGCAGCGCUUAUUCAUACGUUCGUUUCUAUCCGUGGCACCUACAGUAUCGGUCGAGAAGAAACACUAAAGCCAUGCAAUCCAUGAUGAUCAAUUUAAAGAGUGGGAAGAUUUCUCUCUUCAAACCCAUGGUGCUAAACACCCCACCCCCACCCCCCACUCUCCCUUCAAUGUUUCUUAAAUCUCUGAGCUGAAACGAUCCAAAAAAAAAAAAAAAUCUGUUAACAACCAAGCUGUCCUCUUUUUUUUCAUCCAAUAUGUUGUGUGAGAUCAGGGCAAACCUGAUCAAAACAAAACAAGUACUGUGGAAGUCUUAUCAAACAUCUUGGAAGCUCCUUUUCUCCUCCUUCUUCUAAAAUCUGUUUUUGCUACAAGUUUUUUUUCCUCCGUGGCAGAAAAAAAAAUGAAAAAAAGAAAAAACCCCUCACUCUACCUCUGACAGCAUGUUACGAGCACCAGUCGCUGAGCAGACACUGGUCGAGUCAAACCAAAAUGGGCACGUGAGAACAGGACUAAAAAAAAUAAAAAAUAAAUAAAUAAUAUUAAUCCAAAGUUAAAAGCUCAUACAGCUGCGAAACCAUAUCACUACUUGGUAACAAUGCAGACCUCAUAAAAAUAAAAAAGAUCUUAACGAAUAGAAGAAAUAUGCUGAAAAAAAAACAAGAAAAAAAAAAACAAAAAAAACAAAAAAAGAAUUUUUACGUUUCAUUUUUGCUUGUCU